ACUGUUUCUACAGCCUUGCCCAGUAAAUUUAUGGUAUAUGGACUCACCGAGAGUUGCAUUUUGAACCUGUCAAAAGGAAGGUCUCCCCCUUAGCUUCUCUUCAUUCUGUCUAUGGUAUUCCGAGACUCCAAGCUCACGCGCCCGCCAGUUCUGGGAGGAAGGAAUUUUAGCCACGCUCUCGAUCACUCCCAUCUUUCUCUUUUAUCCUCAGUCCCCAAACUUGGCUGGUGUCACGGCAUACUUUGGCUGUUUUGAACUCAUUGCUUCUACCACCACAGGUAUGGCUACUCCCUUGGAGGUUUUGCAUGUGAUGACCCCCGCGGAAUGGGGCAAGCCAAUCGAUGUCGAUGAAAAAUGGAUUCAUUUUGUUGAUGAUAACGUCAAAGCAAUAUUGCCUCCAGGCACCGUGGUCGAGAGCAUUCGUCCUCAUGGAGCAAGUUAUUGGACUAGAACUGCUGAAAUUUCAACUCAAAUGGCUGAUGGCACCCCCCGUUCCUACUUCCUCAAAGUAUCUCAAGGUGACAAUGGCAAGGGUAUGGUUACUGGAGAGUUUUCCUCGAUGACGGCUUUAUAUCAAACAAUGCCUGAGUUUGUACCGGAGCCCAUUGGAACUGGCACAUAUGCAUCUGCUCCAGGCAUUCACUUUUUUUGCUGCCAGCUAAUUAAUAUGACGGAUGAGAUUCCUGAAAUUCAAGCUUUCACCUCAAAACUCGCAGAGCUGCACAAGAAGGGGGUCUCCCCUGGGGGCAGGUACGGAUUCCAUGUGCCUACCUAUAAGGGUACAAUCCCCCAGUAUACUACCUGGCAUGACACCUGGGAAGAGUCAUACUAUCACUCCAUGAAGUGGUUCAUGCACGCCGAAGAGAAAUCUCAAGGCGUAGAUGAAGAAAUGCGAGAUCUUUGUCAGGGCAUCCUUGACAAGGUAAUUCCACGCUUGCUUCGACCACUCGAGACUGGGGGCCGCCACAUACAGCCUCGUCUUAUCCACGGCGAUCUUUGGGCGGGAAAUACCUCAUGGAACAUCGACACUAACAUGCCGGUCAUCUACGAUGCAGCAGCUCUAUAUGCCCACAAUGAAUUGGAAAUGGCUGCUUGGCGACCAAUUCGUCACCUUAUUGGAAGGCAAUAUAUGGCAGCGUACUUCGACUAUUUUCCAGUUUCUGCCCCCGAGGAAGACCAAGAUGAUCGCAACAUGCUUUACUACCUCCGAUGGGACCUCAAAAGCUCGGCCUUAUUCUCUGGGAACCUGAGGUACCGAAACAUGGCCAAAGAGACUAUGAAGACUUUGAUUGAAAAGUUCCCAGGUGGUUAUGAAGAAUGGGCGAAGGAGAGAGGAGAAGAGCCCGUUCACCGAGUUAUGCCGCCUACAACUAUAGGCCUGGAGUUGGAAGAGCGCCCAAUUGAUAACAGAACCACAUCAAUUUCUAGCGCCUCCAUUUCGGAGCUGACAAGGAAUGAGAAAAUGGCCGACAAUAACCAUGGGCUACCUUACCUGUCAGGACUUCGAACCUCAGCCUCCACAAAGGCUGAUAUUCAACAACCUCAAAGAGGCACCCCUUUGAAUUCCUAUGAGACUACGGUGAUCAUUGAAUAAAUUAUAUUGACGGGGCAUAAAUAGAUAUUUGGUCUUGUUCAUGUCAUCCCAGUCUUGGGGUUAGUACUGAUUAUGGGAUAAUGGCGAGGCUUGGAGGUUUGUCUUUGAUGAUUCGAUAGCUGCUGGUAAUGCAUCUGAGAUGGUUUGAAACUGCUGCAUACAGAAUAUAAGGCUCGACCCCACAAAAACUGGACCCCUAGGCCUCAAACGAAUACAUAAUGACCGGCGGACCUAUAAAUUUGUG